UCUCCACCCCUUCUCUGACUCUUGCCCUUUCCACUUCUCCAUUCCCCAUUUCCCCUUUCCCCUCAGUUCCUCCUGCCCAAACCCUCUUAGCGUCUAUGCAAACUGUUAACUCAAGUGAAGACUGGGUGUAAAGUUCCAGACAGGAAGUCUGUCGUCUGAUCACCAGUUCCUGGCUCCGAAGCCCCUGCCCAAGAUGAUUCCAGCCGUGGUCUUGGUCCUGCUCCUUCUGGUCGAACAAGCAGCUGCCCUGGGAGAGCCCCAGCUCUGCUAUAUCCUGGAUGCCAUCCUGUUUUUGUACGGUAUUGUUCUCACCCUGCUCUACUGUCGACUCAAGAUCCAGGUCCGAAAGGCAGCUGUAGCCAGCUAUGAGAAAUCAGAGGCUGUUUACACGGGCCUGAAUCCCCGGAGCCAAGAGACAUACGAGACUCUGAAGCAUGAGAAACCACCCCAAUAGCUUGAGAACAUUUGUCCUUGGUUGUAUUCUUUUCCUGCUUCUAGUUCUCUCUUAGCCCUCAUGGUUGACACCACUAUGCUACCUCCAUGCCUGUGAUGCUAGCUGACCUUACUCCCAUAAUGAUGCUAGGCUCUAAAUUAAUGUACACUAGCAGUCCCGAGUCUCCAUUAAACACUUACUCACCGAUGUUUAUUUUUUUACGUAUUCCUUUGCUUCAUUCCUCUCUCCUUCCCUGAUCCCCAACCCUUGCUAAACAGCAGAAAGGGAUGACCUUCCAAUAAAGCUGUCACAGAUCUGA